AAAGAAAAGAAAAGAAAAGAAAAGAAAAGAAAAAAAGAGAGAAUCAAAUAAAACGAGCAGAGCCUGAGCAUAAAACACAGGGAGAGCCACGGCUUUAUUAAUUUCGUGACACACACACGGGCUGCUUGGGGAGGUGAGCACGGAUCGCUUCCGGAGAGCCCGACCGCGGGGAGAGAGGAGCGAUAAUAAAAGCUUCAUCUGGCCGCGGCCGCAGCCGGGGUGUCAUAAACACCGCCGCGCAGAGCGGUGCGUGGGGCAGAGCGGAGAGAUCCGGGAGCCGCCGCCUGCCCCGCUCCGGCCCUGCCCCGCCGCGCCGCUCCGCACGUGUGCGUGUGGCUGGAAAUCCAUAUCGCACAUUAAUAUCCAUCCAUAUCCCAAAUUCAGAGGUCGACCUGAGAGCAAGCUCGGUGCAUACGAAACCAGACGGGGAGGGGUUGCUGGGGAGGCCCGGGCUUCCAUUGGCUGCAAGCGUUCGCCGCGGUGCGGGGGUAUCUCUAAUCAUAUUCAGCAUGUUUUGCACAAGAAAUGUCAGCCAGGAAGGGCUAUCCGCUCCCUUCGCCAAAUUAUUCCACGACAAUGUCAUGCUCCGAGAGCCCGGCUGCAAACUCUUUCCUGGUGGACUCGUUGAUCAGCGCGGGCAGAGGGGACGCGGCGGGAGCAGGAGGCGGAGGCGGAGGAGGAGGCGGCUACUACCCGGGCAGCGGGCUCUACCUGCCACAGGCAUCCGAGCUGUCCUACGGGCUGCAGGGCUGCGGACUGUUCCCCGUCCUGGGCAAACGCAAUGAAGGUACUUCGCAAAGCAUGGUCCCCAGCACGCACCCCUACGUGUCGGGGAUGGAAGUGUGGCUAGACCCGCCCCGCUCCUGUCGCAUGGAAGAGCCGGAGAGCCAGCAGGCCACCUCGUGCUCCUUCGCUCAAAACAUUAAGGAGGAGAGCUCCUACUGCCUCUAUGACUCAGAGAAAUGCCCCAAAGGCUCGGCCGCCGCCGACCUCGCUCCCUUCCCGCGGCUGAGCGCCGAGGUCAGCCCCUCCGCCAACGGCACCGGGGUGCCGGUCCCGGGCUACUUCCGCCUCUCCCAGGCUUACGGCACCUCCAAGGGCUACGGCGCGGGGCCGGCCGGGGCGGCCCCCUUCGCUCCGCAGCCCCCCGGCCGCUUCCAGCCGCCGCCGUCGGGGCCACCCGUGCCGGAGGCGGGCAGGAGGGAGGACGAGGAGCGCUCCCCCAGCCCCUCGGCGUGCGGCUCCCAGCGGGAGGACGAGACCCGCGCUUCGUCGUCCACCGCCGAGGAGCUCUCCCCCGCGCCGUCGGAGGGCAGCAAGGCCUCUCCCGAGAAGGAGUCCGUAGGCAAUUCAAAAGGAGAAAAUGCAGCAAACUGGCUAACCGCAAAAAGUGGCCGAAAGAAACGGUGCCCCUAUACCAAGCAUCAAACUCUCGAGCUGGAAAAGGAGUUUCUGUUCAAUAUGUACCUGACUCGUGAGCGUCGCCUAGAGAUCAGCCGCACAGUCCAUCUCACAGACAGACAAGUUAAAAUCUGGUUUCAAAACCGCAGAAUGAAACUGAAGAAAAUGAACAGAGAGAAUAGGAUUCGGGAGCUCACAGCCAACUUUAAUUUCUCUUGAUGAACCUAUAAACACAUCUUUAUGGUUUAAAGAGCCAGUAUCAUUUUCCUAGGCUGUAGUCAUCCGCACCUGUAUGGAUUAACGAUUUUAGACGUUCUCAGUAUGUCCUUAAAGUCUUAAUGGCUGCUUCGGGAGCGGAAGAAAGCCAUGCUAACGCUGAGGGCCAUGUGUGAGCCUCCUCGGUUCCUGCAGCCUUCCCCGGGCCCGCUUUGCUCUUUCAAGCUUUGAAAGCCCAGAAAUAGGAUUUCAGGAGCUGCAAACAUUACCCCCCCCCCCCUCCCCCCUUCUCCCAACCCCAUGUCUCUCCGAAAAGUAAAGGCGCAUUCUUUUAAAAUAUAGGCGGUGUAACUCGGUCUGUAAGUAGCUUCGGAAUGAAUUAUUUAAGCCGUGCCAUAUUUCUAUAUAUUGGGAGCUCAGCUUUUUCUCUCUCUGUUUUCCCUGUCUCCCCCCUCCCCCUUUAUCCUUCCCAAAGCAGGACUUGCAAUAAUGAAAUGCAGGCAUCCUUUAAAAGGACUUCAUGGGAACUAGCGUUAAGAGCAAUUUUUUGUUCUUUACCUUGAAAGUCAAUAUUACGGCUUUGAAAUUGGCCAGGAAAAUGAAAUCUCUUCUCUUUAAAGAUAUAUAAAAAAAAAAGUUCGUCUCGCUCAUGGACUAAAUUAUGACACUUACCUCUGAAUUUCUCUCUCUCUUUCUGGUUGUAGAUAUUUACGUAAUGUAGUUUUGCUUAAAGAUGUGGAAUUAGUGAUUUUUUUUUUUUUUUGGUCGAUAAAUAGCGUUACCGUUGGUAGCACGGGAUAAGCACACAACGAUUCCCCCUUGAGAGAGAAAAAAAAAAAAAAAAAAAAAAAAAAAAAAAAAAACCGUAAAUUUUUCCUCACUAAUUUCACUGCAAAGUGUACAUCCUGAACAUCAAAAGGACUUUCUGAGCCAGAGCCUGAGAUAGCGAGGGAGAGUUCGUCCGUCUUCCUUUAUACUGUGAAGUUACGUGCAUCAAAGGGUCAAGCUUAUAGGUGAAAAAGAUUAGAAAAAGAUUUUAAAAAGGAGAAAGAAAGAAGGGGAAAAACUAUAAAUACAGAUAUGUAUAAAUGUCUAUUAUUAUUAAAACGCCGAUACCGUUUUAAGCAAAUGCAUUCUAUCGUUAUUAUAAAUGUUAGUUCUAGCUAUAUCUAGUUCUUACCUUAAAUCGGAAUAAAUUAAUAUUGUAAUGCUGCUGUGCGUGAAAAAGACGAUGUUUAUGUUCUCAUAGAAGAAUAAAAAAAGUGGAAUGAA